AUGGGUUCCAUCGGAGCUCCCGGAUUGUCGCCUCCGUCCACCCAUCACUCGGACCACAGCACGAACGUGUUGCGCUCAAAGAGCCCUAGAUUCCUGGCCGCCCCUCCUCGCCGAUCGUUCCGCCCGUCGAAGAGGGCGGCUGCCCUAGACCGCAGGUCGAACAACUCCCCACUCUGUCGAUGCCGCCUCGGCGGCGGCGCUGGUUCGGACGAGACGCCCCCGAGCGACGGCCGCAAGUGGGACUCCAUGCUCAAGGACGUCGUCAGGACAGCGGUGAGGCGGUGGGACGAGGUCGUGAAAUCUGUGGUGAAUCCUCUGGUGAAGGGUUCGAGCGGCGGAGCUGUGGAGGCUGCGGCGCGGGAGGGGUUGUUGCAGAAGGGGGAGGUGGAAGAGGCGGCGUCAGGAGCAGAGUGGGACUGGGAGCGGUGGAAGCGGCACUUCCAGGAGAUGGAGGAGCAGGCCAACGUCGUCUCAAUUCUCAAGGUCAGCUUCCAACUUCUGAAUCAGUCCACCUCUGAGAAAAAAAACCGCAUUUCUCCAGAAACAUUGCCUCGUUCUUCGUCUGUGGGGACACCUCCCAUGUAUAUAUUCUCUCAUAAUGAAGAAAGAAGAUGGGGAGUAAUGGCGAUGACCCGUAGAUAAGGUUUUCUGAGGAGAAAGGUGAAUCAUAUCGAACUAAUAUAGAUUGAGCUGAGCUGAUACUCUCAGGAGAAUGUUCUCCUCGAUUUUUUAAAAACAAUGUGCCCCUUACGAAAGGUUUUGGGAGAAAGAAGCAGCUGGCGUGCUGCUCCCUCGUUCAAUCAUGACCAUAAUCUUUAGUUAUCAAUGCUGAGAACCAUAGCGGAAGGGAUGCAGGGGAGUUAGCCCGUCCGUAAUGGGUGGGCAGACUAUAUAAUGUCCAUGUCAUGCCGGUAACAGGGCUGUGGGUUCUGUGUGUUAACCCGUCCAAUUUUUUCCCAACCUCAGGAAUGUGAGACUGCGAUCAUCUGAAAACCCACUUCUCCUAUGAUUUGCAGACCUUUUGGAGACUUGAUUAUGUGUGUGUGUGUGUGUGUGUGUGUGUGUGUGUGUGAGAGAGAGAGAGAGAGAGAGAGGCAGGGAGACCUGAUUUCACUUUCCCUGCUGCACCUUUCUUAAAGGAAAAUCCUGUGAAGCAUAUAUUAUUGCAGGAGACCUAUCUGAUGAAGUCAACUUGGUUUGGAAUCAUCCAAUUCUGCAAAUUAUGGUUUGAUCUGAGUAAAUUCUGGAUCAUAAUCCGGUCUGUAGUGUUAUGAACGUAUGUGUGUUCUGAAUUAGGAAAUCAUUAUGUUUCAUUUGUCAAAUGUGCCUUCAGGUUUGGGGACGGAUUGAUAUGUUCUAGGAUUGAAAAUAUUCCUAUAAAGAUGAGAACUUGCGUAUAUUAAUAAAAAGGAAAACUUGGGUGGUUUUGUACCUACAGAAAACGGACAUGGAUAAAACUAUUACCUUCUUUUUCAAUGAUCUUUUUGAGAACAUACUAUAAUUAAAAAAAUUAUAAAGAUCGUUUCAGAACCCUCUAGUUUCCUCUUCCCAUUGUUGGUUAGCUUUAGAAGCUGCCGCAAGGAACCACCUUCGGUACUGCGGCAGGAAAAGGUAAGAAUUUUCUGUAGAUGAAUACAAAGUCCCACAUGUGAUUAAUAUUUUGUAUUUUUUAGUUUCCUUGCUUUUCCAUGAUUACUCAUUUGCCAUAAGAUCGUUCCUUCUAUGGGAGAAAUUUAAAGCAUUCAUGACGUCCAUGCCCUUACAUAUCAACUCGAGAUGUAUGCUUUACAUUGAUAGACAAUUGAGACGUUUGCUCCUCUUUUAUUUUUUUCUCACAGUCAAAUUUAUCAGAAGCUGUUGGCAAAGAGGACUAUGAAGACGCUGCCAAGCUCAAGAUAGCAAUUGCAGCAGCAACAGCAAAUGAUACUGUGGGGAGAGCAAUUUCUCUUCUUGAGGUGCCUUUUCUGCCAGUGCACUUUAUUUUCCUUUUUGGUUUUCUCUGUGAACCCUAUGUCAGUCUGUUUCCAUCUCUUCUUUCAGAAAGCUUUGGAGGAAGAAAGAUACCAGGAUGCGACAUUCAUUCGUGAUCAUGCUGGUACAGGAUUGGUUAGUAUCUCUUAGAGUUUUUGCCUUUUUAUUUUUAAAGUCUUCCUUUUGGACGUUUAGUUAUCCUGCUAUUAGAUUACUGGGCCGGUUGCAGUUAAAGAUAACCAGUGGUUUUAAGCAUGAACUAGUAAUGAUCAUGCAGACACUUCUUUUUUUAAUCUGGCUUUUUUUUUUUAGAAAACCACACAUUGUUAAGGCUUUUUGAUGCCUGCACGAAUUAUUGUUGACAGAGAUAUUACAGCCUUUCUGUUAGUAAGGAAAGUACAUACUCCACUGUUUAUGUUCUGAAAGAUUUAAGGCGUGUGAUUUUUUAAUGUUUGGACAUCCUACAGGUUGGAUGGUGGACUGGAACGUCAGAUGAUUCGGCGGAUCCAUUUGGACGAAUUAUACGUAUAACUGCAGAGCAUGGGAAAUAUGUUGCUAGAAGUUUUAGUUCCAGGUCUCAUUCUGGCCUCUUGUUUGCGCAGAUUCUUAGUAUUUGAAACAUAAUUGGUGGUUCAUAAAAAAGCUGUUGAUUUUUUUGUAUUCUUAGACUAGGCAGCUAUGCAUGUGUAUUUUUAGGUGUUCAUAAACAGUAUUGAGAACAUAAUAUUCCAAGAGAGUUCUUGGGAUCAAACCAGAAAUGGCAAAAUCAAUCUUGAAUGAUGAUAUAUGUUAAUAGGUCAGUCCUGAAUGGUUCAGCUUGAACAAGAACUUUUCAAAAUAGCGUUUUCUUUCACUAAGCCACCAGGCAUCUGUGUCUGAGAUCACUUUGCGGAGCAAUAACAUGCAGUCUAAGCUACUGCUUUGGCAAGUGCAUCUCUUCCUCUAUGUUUCAAGACUUGGAACACUAUAACAUCUGCUUGCACUAAGAGUGAGAGGGAGGUAAAGGGUCUCAAAUCAUUGACCAAGGUUGAGAUGACCAUAAUGGAAUUUAUUAAAAUAAGCUUUAGAGAAUUUUUUUGAUGCUGACCUAUGUUAAGAUAUGAGCACUAUAUGCUCUUAAAAUGGGGAACACUAUCGAAAUAUCCAUGUGAGCAGCUAUUGCACCAUUUGUUUUUGUCAUAUACCUUCGUUACUAAAGUUUCCACAUUUGGAUUUAAAAUGUCACAUAUUUGUUUACAUUGCACAGCUAAGGUAGCCUUGCACCCCUAAUUAUAAUCAUUAAGCUGUUGACAGGCAUCUCCUGUCUAAGUUUCUUUAUGUGAGUUUUUUUUUUAUUAUUUACUCAUAUUUUGCUUAUGGAAGAAAAGUGUUCAUUCGGCUCACGAGUCUAUUUCUUUACAUCUGCAGGCAGCUGGCCAAUGCUAGGUCAGGUUUUCCACUUUUUGAGAUAUAUAUUACAAUGGGCGAUGAUGGGGAAUACAAGCAGCAGGUAUGUCCUAUUAAAGAGCGCCACAUAUUUCUGUUCAUAAUAGGCUAUGUCAGUAUGCAUCGCUAUGCUUGGAUCAUGAGAAACUUAAGAAAAGUUGAGAAAUUGAUUCACGAAUUUAAAUGCGUAAAAGUUGGAGAAAAAUCUUCCGUCAUUUUGACUCUUGCAUGCGAAUUCGACUAUGCUCGACUGAUCAAUACUAGAAAUACUGUGUACUUCGCCGCAGCCAAUCAUUUGGACUUCUGCUUUCUAGAAACCGCACCGAAAUAAGUUCAUCCGCUUGGUUGAGGUUCUCAUUUUUUCGGGCCUUUAUUUAUUUAUUUUUUAUUAUUCAACUAUCCAGCGAGAUUCAAUAACUGGUGCAUUUUUUUCCAUCGUCUUACUUCAUUUGGGUAGAAUAUCCGAUAUAAUAUUUGAUGUUUGCAGUCUUCGUAUUGUCUAAACUUUGGAGUAUUAAUUGCAUUGCAGGCCGUCUACUUGAAGAGGAAAGGUGCUCUUCCGAACGAGUUUCCCAGAAUGAUCACCAGGCCUCCAGGCAUCGGCUUGAACACUCCAGACGGCCCUACUGAAGAACAAAGCGAUUUUUCUGUGGAGAGUGCUGAGAUCAUAGAAGAAAAUGAAGAUAGAGAUGAUGACUCUGAUAUGGCUGAGGGGCUCCCAGGUAUUCAGAAUAUUCUGGACGAUAUGAUUCCCAGUGUCAAGGUCAAGGUCCUGAAGGUAGUCUCACCGAGCAAAGUUGACCGAGAUCUGAUCUCCAAAGUUAUUGAACAGAUCAUUGAGGACGAAGAUGAUGAAGCGGAUUCUGAGCUAGAAGAUGUGGAAUCGGACGAUGAACUGAAGACUGAGAGCGACAUUGAGGAGAUUGACAUAGAUGAUGGGGAUAUAACCAACGACGAUACUCCAGAAGACGGCGAGAUGUCCCUGAAAUUCGUGAUUGGAGGAACAAUGCAGAGGAUGCCUGGUUCGAUGCCUCCUAAUGAGCUGAUUCGUGUGCCUGCCCAGCUAGAAAAAAAAGGGCGUUUAUCCUUUCUAUUCUCGGUAAAGUCAGAUGAUGGGCAGCGGGAACCACCCUCUAGGAAGGGCCAUCCUUUGCCGGAGAAGUCCUCAUCUCAUGCUUCUAGGCGUAGCCCCGAUCUCAUCAUAGCUGAUCUGGCUAAGGCCUUGGUCAACCGGGAGAAGAUUUCCUUGAAGGUUCGUUUCCUCAUUUCAUCUCCUCCCUUCUCCCCUCUGCCCUCUCUCUCUCUCUCUCUCUCUCUCUCUCUCUCUCUCUCUAUGACAGUUCUUCUAUGUUUCUUGAUGCAAUCAGGGGGCAAAGGCCAUAAAUAAAUACCUGUUUUUUUAUUUUUUAUUUUGUUCUUCGCAGAUGCUUAAAGAUGUCGGGGAAUUAAUCAGCCUCACGGUUAACCAGGACCGUAACCACCACAUGGUCAACGGAAGGAUACUUUUCCAUCGUAUAGAGAUACCUUCGACAUCAGAUCCUCUCAGUGGUGGGUUGACCUCCUAUGCACCCUUCAUCUGGUUUAAUGUUUUUCUUGUACCAUGAUAAUGCUUUUAAAUGCCUCCCAAGGUCAACUGUCAAUCUAAGCGAAGUGGCUCUGGAUGGCAGGUCUAUACGUCAGUGCACAGGGGAUGCUCCACACGGAAGUCCUGCAAUUGAGACGCAAAUUCGGUCAAUGGGAAGAUGAUGGCGUCGUCACCACAAAGUCAGCGGGUUUACGAUUUUAUGAGUACGUUGAAGCCUUAAAGCUGACAGGGGAUCCUUCCGUUCCUGCUGGUCAGGUAUACCUUCCGUUUAUAUUCGUCACGUUCUUCCCCAUUUCCUCAUUCUGCACUCUGCCCAGCUGCAUUCAUGCUGCUUGCUCUCCAUAUCUUUCCCCUUUUUCCACUUGGGUUUUUGCUCCGAUCUCAUGUUCGGGGAAACUGGUGAAAAAAAAAUCAGGUUUUUGGAGUUGACUGUAGCUCCCCUUGGUUGGCUUUCUUUUCAUGUCAGUGGGCAAAAACCUCCGCGUCGUUGACUCCAUGAACAGAAUUGGGUCAAGAACAGUCCAUGAUCCUCCUACCCAGCCUGUUCCGAAAACCCCAUCCGAUCGAGAAGAGUCUGUCAGAUUCACGCUUGUCGUGUUUUUCUAAGAACCCGCUCUCGAUUUUUCAAAGUAAAUAAAGAAAGAAAUAAAUUUCAGGUGGCAUUCCGGGCAAAGAUCGGCAAGCAGUACCAGCUGCCUCACAAGGGGAUCAUACCCGAAGAAUUCGGAAUGGUAACUUCCUCUGGAGUGAUAACCUGCUCUUGCCCGUAGCCCUGUUUUGUGUUCCCUGAGCCAUUCACAGAGCUCUUCGUGAUCCUUCAGAUCGCUCGGUACAAGGGGCAGGGAAGGCUCGCCGACCCAGGCUUCAAGAACCCUCGGUGGGUAGAUGGGGAGCUCGUCAUCCUCGAUGGAAAGGUUUCUGCCCUCUUCUCUUGCAGAAACCUUUUUGAUGUGUACUAAAACUGGGUUAGAUUCUUUCCUUUGACUGCAAUGUUUCCUCAUCUGACUAUGGAUCGCGCGUUGACUACAUGCAGUACAUCAGGGGAGGUCCAGUGAUCGGCUUCGUCUACUGGGCGCCUGAAUACCAUUACCUGGUGUUCUUCAACCGUCUGAGGCUCCAGAGUUAG